AUGCUUCACAGCUGCAGGCGGGCUGGCGUUGCUGAUUUUCGGAACUUCUCAAACGCGAGUUUGUGCCUUCGCGCUUGGCCCUUGCCCUGGCAGGUCGCGAGCCCGCGGGCCAUUGAGGCCCUUGAGGCCCCGGAGGACCCGGAAGUACGGGAGGCCGUGGAGGGCGAAGCUUGGGAGGAUGAGGAUGACGCGGAGGAUGUGCAGGAUGUGGGUGCAGAGCCGGGGAUGGACUCCCACAACACUGCGGCGCUCGUGAUGACUGACCACAGCCAAAAGGAAGACGUGGCUUGGCAAGUGAGGGUGGAGGGUAGAACAGUCGGAGCCAUCAGCCCCCGAAGCCUCUGA